CCUGUUGUUGAGUUUAAAAACUAUGCCCCUUCAGCGCUGUCCCAAUUUUCCCUUUCUACUUUAUUCUCACCGACGACUUCUUAAAUUUAUAUUCCUGACCCAUAAUCAUAAACAUCUUUCGCCAGCAGACCCUCCUUUUCUCUACAGAGAGGAAAAGGGCUCUGCUUUAUAGAUCUGAUUCAAAUUGUACCAUCUAUUCAUCCAUCGAUGCGCUGAAAGAAUCUCCAUUAUCUUGUCUCCCACUUAGGACUUAAUAAGAUGGGAAUCUUCUUUUCUAAAAUGUUCUCCUCAGUAUUUGGCAACAAAGAGGCUCGGAUCCUUGUUCUUGGUCUUGACAAUGCUGGCAAAACUACAAUUCUCUAUCGGCUUCAGAUGGGUGAAGUUGUAUCCACUAUUCCAACAAUUGGAUUUAAUGUCGAAACAGUUCAGUACAACAAUAUCAAAUUUCAAGUUUGGGAUCUCGGUGGGCAGACAAGCAUCAGACCAUACUGGAGAUGCUAUUUUCCCAACACACAAGCCAUUAUUUAUGUUGUCGAUUCAAGUGAUACUGACAGGCUCGUGAUAGCUAAAGAUGAGUUUCAUGCAAUCUUAGAGGAGGAAGAGUUAAGAGGUGCUGUUGUCCUUAUCUAUGCAAACAAGCAGGAUCUUCCUGGUGCACUUGAUGAUGCGGCUGUGACUGAGGCUUUGGAGUUGCACAAGAUUAAGAAUCGACAAUGGGCGAUUUUUAAAACUUCUGCCAUUAAAGGAGAAGGUCUUUUUGAAGGUUUGGACUGGUUGAGUAAUACACUUAAGUCUGGAGGUGGCUAACUCUUUUAGAGAAGAAUGGGAAGCUCGCUGUUGUUUCUCUGAGCAAGAAUCUAUAAAGUGUGACCAUGAUUAGUUGGUUUGGCUGUUAAAGAAAUUCAUUCAUGGCUGCAGUUAUGCCGUUUGACCUUCACUGAUUUUUCUCACCAUUACACUUGUAAAAUUUUCAUCAAAGAAGAACCAAUUAGCUUGUUUGAUGUUAUGUUACAUUCCAUUUCUUUGCCACUAUUUGCUGUGUAGUUUAUCCAAUUCGUUUUUGCCCCACCAUGUACUGUAUUGUUUGAAAAUGAUAGCGAUGUUUCAAUUUUGUUAA